AUGGCCUCCAAUAUCUCCAAACCAUCAAGUAUAAUUGAAGAACAUGGCCAAGAGCAACCCGAAAAGAACGAGAGUAUAGAUCAAAGCCAUACUCGCCAUUCCUCAGACGAAGAGUCAGCCAUUGGCCAUCAACCCAACCUUUCUCACAUACCCACCAACACCAGCGCUUUGAACCGUACACUAUCGGCAGUGCGCACUCGGGAAUCUGGCAAAGAUUUCGGUCCUCCUCCGGACGGUGGAUUUCAGGCUUGGUCGCAGGUCGCUCUCGCACAUUUCGUCAUCUUCAAUACAUGGGGCUAUAUCAAUAGCUUCGGUGUCUUCCAGACAUACUAUUCCCAGACACUGGGACAUCCACCAUCAGAUAUCUCCUGGGUCGGGAGUAUCCAGAUCUUUUUGUUGUUUUUUAUUGGCACUUUCUCCGGCAGGGCUACCGAUGCCGGCUAUUUCACAUUUACUCUGGCCUGUGGUGCUAUCUUGGAAUGCUUCAGUAUCUUCAUGACCUCGCUCUGCACAAAGUACUGGCAGCUAUUCCUAGCACAGGGUAUUGGCCAAGGAAUUGGGUGUGGACUCAUGUUCUGCCCAACUUUGGCUUUGGUCUCGACUUAUUUCGCCAAGAACCGUGGCAUCGCUAUUGGGAUCGUUGCGUCGGGUUCCGCGACGGGGGGUCUGGUUUUCCCUGCUGUUAUCAUGAAGAUGUUGCCCCAAGUCGGAUAUGGGUGGACAAUGCGCACGCUAGGCUUUAUCUCGGUAGCCACGCUGACUCCCUGUGUCCUGUUUCUCAAGCAGCGUCUUCCUCCACGCAAGACGGGUCCGAUUGUUGAGUGGGCUGCCUUCACCGAGCUGCCUUACUUGCUGUUUGCAAUUGGCAUGUUCAUGAACUUCUGGGGCCUAUAUGUUGGCUUUUUCUACAUCGGCAGUUUCAGUCGUAACAUCAUCGGCGUGUCAAAUGAUCGAUCCAUUGAUUUGCUUCUGGUAAUGAAUGGAGUCGGAUUGAUCGGGCGGUUGGUCCCCAACCUGCUUGCUGAUCAGUUCACCGGUCCUCUCAACCUGUUGAUUCCGUUCAGUUUCGCGACGGCCUUGGUUGGCUACUGCUGGGCGGCGGUUAACGGUAUGUCCGGACUGUGGACAUUUGCCGCAUUUUAUGGCCUAUUUGCUGCAGGUAUUCAAUCGUUGUUCCCAGCCACCCUCAGCACCCUGACUACUGAUAUGAAGAAGAUCGGUGUACGCAUGGGUAUGGUGCUCAGCGUAGUAGCAGUGGCGGCCCUUAUAGGGUCUCCUAUUGCUGGUGAGCUAGUUGUUCGUGGUGAUGGCAACUACCUGUAUGCGCAAAUGUUCAUGGGAUCUGCGAUCCUGACUUGGUGGAUUGACAUUAAUUGGAGCCCGAGUGACCAAGGUUUGACUCGAGUUUGA